AUGAAAGAAGCCCAAGCGGGCGAGACACCCGAUAGCUAUCGCAGCCCGCCGCACCACCACCAGCCGCCGAUGACGCCGGCGGCUGCAACAAUGCGCGGAGCUGGGUCGCCAAGAUACACAGCAGAUGCGGAUCACCAGCGGGUCGCCGCGUUAUCCUCACGUCCCACUUCCGCCAGUUUCGAUGCAAACGGCACGACAGACAUGAAAACCACGGCGGCUCCUUCGUGGAAUACCCAAGAUUUGGGCUGGAGAAUCGGCGCUGACUGCACGGCGGCAGCCAGCGCGGGCAUCCUUGUCGCGCCCGUUGUGACGGCAAUCGAUCGAGCUAUAAUCGAAAAUGCCUCCGGCCGUUCCACCCUCCGCAACUCCCUCCUCGGCUCUCUCCGCACCCUCCUUGUGCGGCCGCACACCUACAUCUUCUCGCGGCCCUUCGCCCUCAUCUUCGCCCUCUACACAGGCACCUACCUGACCGCCAACACGCUCGACACAACCACGUCCGUCCUGCACUCCACGCCCGCCUCGUCCACCACCGCCGGCGCCCCCAAGUUCGUCGCCACCAGCAGCGCCAACCUCGCCCUCUGCCUGUACAAGGACAGCCGCUUCACGCGCAUGUUCGGCCUGACGUCCGGCGCGCCGCGCCCCGUGCCCACGGCCACGUACGCGCUCUUCGCGCUGCGCGACUGCCUCACCGUCUUCGCGAGCUUCAACGUGCCGCCGCUGCUGGCGCCCGCGCUCGCCGCGCGCAUCGACCGCACGACGGGCGCCCUGGGCGACGCGCUCCGCAGACACGUCGACGCCGCGAGCGCCGCCCAGUUCGCCGCCCCUGCCGCCGUGCAGGUCUUCAGCACCCCGCUGCACCUGCUCGGCCUCGACCUGUACAACCGCCCGCGCGGCUCGCCCGGCGUCGGCUUCGCCCAGCGCCUGGGAAAGGUCACGAGCAACUGGGGAACGAGCUGCUUGGCGCGCAUGGCGAGGAUUGUGCCGGCGUUUGGGUGCGGGGGCGUAGUGAAUCUGAGGGUGCGGAGGGCGUUGAUGGGUAAGCUCGAGUGA